AUGGACGAACACUUCCACUUCAACCAGUUCGCAACCUACCACCGCAACCAAUUCGCAGAAUGGGACCCCAAGAUCACCACUCCUCCCGGCCUUUACCUCCUCCAGCGUAUCUUCUCCAUCCUCCUUCCGGGGGAACUCAGCGUGAUGCGGGCCAUCAACUGCCUCUUCUUCUCCAACAUCUUCGUGGUCUACGUGCUGAAGGUCUACGACUUCCUGGAGCCGUGCUCGGGCAACCUGACGCGGAGUUUGAACUUGGCGCUAACUCCGACCAUCUACUUUUUCAACUUCCUGGACUACACCGACGCGGCGAGCGUGUCGGUGAUCGCAGCCAUGUUCUACUACAACCUCACCAAGAGCGAGUGGCGGCUGGGAUUGGUCUCCCUCCUCGCCGUCUUCAUCCGCCAGAAUAACCUCAUCUGGAUCCUCUACCUCAUCAUCUAUCGCGUGCUGGGAGAGAAUCGCAAAGUGGUACUGGCGCCCAAGUCCCUCCCCUCACACCUCCUUGCCAUCCUCCGCAUCUUCCUCACCAAUAAAAUGCAAAUCCUCAAACAGUCCAAGUUCCAACUCGCAGCCAUUGCAGUCUUCGCAGGUUAUGUGUACAUCUUCAACGGGGGACGGCUGGUCUUCGGCGACCAUUCGCACCACCAGAUGACGUUCCACCCUAACCAGUUGCUCUAUCUUUCGCUCUUCUGCAUCGCCAACCUGCCGAUAACGCUGGGAGAGUACAUUUCCUCGGUGGGCAACUUCUUCCAGCGCAUCUACAUCUCGAGACACGCACUAGCAGCCUACCUGUUCCUGCUGGCGAUGUCAAUCAUCCUGGUGGACCAGUUCACGCUGAUCCACCCCUUCAUCCGCGACGACAACCGCCACUACACCUUCUACAUCUACCGCUACCUGCUCAAGCCCGCCCUGCCCAAGUUCGCCCUCUGCCUCGCCUACGCCUUCUCCUUCCACUUCAUCUACAAGCAGGUCGUCAAUAGCGAGCUCAAACUCAUGCGCUUCAUCCUCUGGCUGGGCGCCUGCUUCGGCUAUCUCUGCCUGGGUGAACUGGUGGAGUUUAGGUAUUUCGCGAUCCCCUUCGUGAUGCUGUGCUUCUAA